AUGCGCAUGUGCAAACCCAUUGGAUCAUGUAUUGCAUGUGGUAGAGCUGAGUACAGAAUAAGGGAUGAAUGUUGUCCUAUGUGUUCACCAGGAAAUCGUGUAUAUAAGCAUUGUACUGAAUUCACCAAUACCAGCUGUGUGCCCUGUGUUGAUUCUAUGUUCCUUGAUGAGCCCAAUGCAUCAGAUAAUAGAUGCCAUGUUUUCUCUCUAGGUUUGGGUUUGAAGGUAAAGCAGCCAUGUACAUAUUCAUCAGACACUGUCUGUGGGACACUGGAGGGGUUCUACUGUCUAGACCCAACUAAGGAUGGUUGUAGAGCACCUCAGAGACACAGCAGCUGUGAACCUGGUCAAUACAUCAGUCACACAGUUGUGGAGGUUAUUAAGUUUUAUUAG